AUGGUAUACUCAUCUUACUCGAGCUUGUUCGAUUUCGACGACUACGAGAACGACGAUUUUGAGAGUAACGAGGCUUCUUUGUUAAAUAUUUCAUCCUUUGACUCAAAAGAAAAGGGGUACCCUAAACACAAGGGUCCCGUCAUGGGUAUGAUAAUCACGUUAACUGCGGUGGGGGUGAUAUUGGUGAUCGCAAUCUGCAUAGCGUGCUGCUGCCGGGGACGUUACCGCGGGCGGGUGCUAUCGCCUCCCCCCGCGGCGACCCCAGGCCCCGCGCCUUAUCCACAACAGCAGUACACGCCUUACCCAGUCCAAGUAGUGACCACAUAUCCGGUCGCUUCACCGGCGCCAUAUCAGCAUACGGCGGCACCGUAUCCGGCGUCCACGUCACCGUAUCCGGCCGCCGCACCGUAUCCGACCGCUUAUCCGAAUGCCGGGCCUCCGUAUCCGAUGACCGGCGCCCCGUAUCCGACAGCAGGGGCCCCGUAUCCGACGCAUCUACCUCAUCCCAGCGCUCCGAGCGCGCCUGAAGCAUACGCGAUGCCGCCGUCCUACGAUCAAGCUGUGGGCAAGGGUUAA